AUGGAAUACCCUACAGAACGAAAAAAUCUUCCUCCCAAGAAGAUAGUAAAACUACAAAAGGAGUUUCAGCGACUUCUUUUGAAGAAGACCUGCUCUCUCAGCGAAGCGAGAUCCGUUCUGGGGCGAUUAAAUUUUGCCAAUUACGUAGUGCCACAGGGUCGAUUACAUUGCCGCCACUUUCAACGUCACCUUCGCACGUUACCCAAGGGAACGCAUCCAAGGCAGCAAUACAUGUUGCCGAAGGACGUCCUGUUGGAUCUACAGUGGUGGCGGCGUGCGGUAAGCAAUUUUUCUAUGAUUCAUUUACCACAGAUUACUCACUAUCUAGUAACCGAUGCUUCCAAUUACGGUUGGGGAGCCCUACUAAACGACACGUGUCUUGCCGGGACCUGGGAACCUUACCAACAAACUUGGCACAGCAACCUCAAGGAGCUAGUAGCGAUCCAGAGAGCGAUAGAAUCAAAUACAGAGGGCUUACGCGGGGCCAGUUUGCUGAUUCAGUCAGACAAUGUAACGGCUCUCGCGUACUUAAGGAACGAAGGGGGCACGAAGUCAUCAAAAUUAAUGAGUCAAACCCGCCAGGUAUGUCAACUAAUUCAAGACUUACAGAUUGUACUUACUUAUCAACAUCUACCAGGACGUUUCAACUGUGUGGCCGAUCGACUGUCUCGAGGCAAAUCGAUACCAGAGUGGCAUCUCCAGCCAGGUACCAGAAGCGACAGACAAAAUAUUUCAAAAAUUCGGUAUACCUCAGGUGGAUCUCUUUGCAUCAGCGCGAGCCCACGUAGUUCCCCAAUACGCGUCCCAAGACCCGAGGGACGAGGCCGCUCUAUUCCACAAUGCCUUCAGCAGGCGAUGGGAGUACCAACUAGCUUGGGUGUUUCCUCCUCCAUCACUCAUGCCUCGGGUUUUGACUCACCUAAACAAUUGCAGAGGCCAAUAUAUUGUAGUAGCCCCCCACUGGAUAAAGUCGUUUUGGAGACCAGAUCUACGGAACAGAGCCCUCAGCAGGCCAGUUCUAAUACACGACCUACAGAGAACUCUAAUAGACGUAACUACCAACCUACCGCUCCCCAAGGUAACCGAUUUGAUAUUGAAAGCUUGGCUGAUUGGAGCUGGGACACUUUACUGAAAAAUUGGACCCCAGCAGAGAAGGCCGUAUUGAUGAACGGGUGGCGGAAAUCUACUUUGAUGUCAUAUAAACCGGCCUGGAAUCGAUGGGUAAAGUGGUGUUUAAAAAACGAAGUUUCCAUUAUUACACCGCAAGCAAAAGACCUCGCCAAGUUCCUCGCAGAUCUCCAUAUUACAGAAAAGCUUGCCCCAUCAACCAUACAGUUACAUAAAUCUGUUGUUUCCACUAUUUGCGAACCGCAUUUGAGUAAAAAAUUAAGUCAAGACACAUUUGUGCGGCGAGUGCUAAAAUCUGUUUCAGUAGCACGCCCCAUUAAUAGGAAAGUCCCCAUUUGGGACCCGCAACAGGUUGUACAAUGGCUUCAAAACAAUGUGCCGAUUAAUAUUUCAUUUUUCGAAGCGUGUCGGCGUUGUGCUACAAUAUUAUUACUUACAUCGGGAAGAAGAGUUCAUGAUUUAACAUUGUUAUCCAUUUCACCAGGUCACAUACAAGAGGAUAAUACUAACAUUAUUUUGUGGCCAAUAUUUGGUUCGAAAACAGACUCCGCACAACACCAACAAUCGGGAUGGAAACUUAGCCCUCAUGAUGUUCAAGCAAUUUGCCCUGUCUACUAGGUAAAAAAGGUCAUUGAACUGUCGACAUCAAGAAGAGGCUCACUUCAACAACUAUUCAUCACGACUCGGGGAACGCCGAAGCCUGCCUCCAGGACGGUAAUUGGCGGUUGGCUCAUCACACCUCUCACCAGGUGGUAACAAACACUUCUCACCAAACCCGGACAAGGCGAGGAAUGCAC